UGAAGGCAAAACUGGGUAGCUGUUUGUUUUCAGCUAGAAUAGAACGCUGCUGAUUGCUUUCCAGCCUUCCGCUGCGGCACCGAAUUUGAAGGAGGCCGUGGCUGUUAAAUAUCUGCUUGCUUUCGUUUCAACUGUGUGGUUUCUCGCCAUGGCUCUGUACGGUGGUGUCGGAGCCAUGGCUUUACCAAGCGAGCUAAUCGUCCACAUAUUCUCCUUUCUGUCAGACCGAGACAAGCUCCGGGCCUCGGCCGUUUGUUCGCGAUGGAGGGAGUGUCUGUUCUAUCCCGCUCUGUGGACCGAACUGAAACUACGGAUAGGUGGCGGCAGCUCAAGCUCCGAGGAGACUUCGAGGUUAGAGUUCCUCAUGCGGAAGUUCGGCGCUUUCGUGCGAGAACUGCAGCUGGAACUCGCUCCCGCAGAAGUCAGCCCCAGUUCCCUCAACAACGAGCCGCCCUCCACCAGGGUGGACCUGCCUCCCGGUCCUGACAACGACCCGCAACCGUCCGAGCGAUGGAGAGACGCAAUGGCUACCUACUUGGACCAGGCGUUGUGUGUGUUCACUAACAUUCGCAACAACAGGAACCUGCAGAAGUUGCGUCUAUAUGGCGACACUUGUGCUCUCCAACAGGAAGGACUCUUGGACAACUCCAACCUCCACCAGAUUGACCAGGGCCACAAGAAAAUCAAUGAGAUCCAGCGGUUGUUGAGAGAGUUUUUGUCUCACAGUAGGCAGCUUAGGUGGUUGUCCUGUAGCUUCAUGCUUGGUCUGGUGACUCCCUCCUCCUUAGCAUGCCUAUCGAAUCCCUCUUCUGAGACUUUGCAGCACCUCAGUUUGCUUGACCACCAGUUCGGUCCACUCAUCUCACCAUCUGAGUUGGACCGUCUGUCUGCUUUACACUCUCUGGCUCUUGAUUUCUCUGAUCUGACAUCGGAGCUUUGUGGUCUGCUGGCAUCACCACACCGCCCUCCGCUGCAUCGUUUGUCCCUGCUGCUUAAUGGCGCCACCCUGGAAUUCAAGUCUUUAGAAGGGACAGCCACAGAGGACGAUUGGAAGGCGCUGGUACGGGUGAGUGCCAACCUGCGAGUGUACAUCAUGGUUGUAGAGGUCAGCAGCACAGAUCUCCUCGGAGUGCUAAAGCCGAGCCUUCCACUGGAGCGCAUCCACCUGGACAGUUACAAUACACUGGUGACCGACACCACUCUGGAGCUCAUCGCUCAGCAAUACAACAAAACCCUAACACACUUCCUUUUACUGAGGGAUGACCCGGAUUUCCCAGACCUCAGUGUCAAUCGCAACGAAGAUCCAUUGGUCCUCUUGGCUUGGAGGUGUACUCAGUUGGCUGUGCUUAUAAUUCACGGCUACACUGUGUGGUCUCAUAAUUUGGUGGCAAUCUCUCGGCUGCGGGGAUCCAGUCUUCGUGUCCUGACUGUGUCUGAGGAGAGCAUCGACUUUGACCCGGACCAGCCGGUGUAUCUGGAGGGCGAUCCAGUUCAUAACCUGGUCAAAGAGGUCUCGCUGGGCCUUGGCCGAGUGUGGCACCCAUGUUUGGAUUACAACAUUGUUUUGACUGACCCCACCCAGCACUUCCAUCAUGAGCUGCAUGCUUUCAGCAUGGGCAUUUAGGCAAGGAUGGGCAGUCCCAUAGACCACAGCCUGAGCUGUGCCAAGAUCAGGCCAGACCAACCAAGUACACAUCAGCUCACACCACGCUACACCAAUCUCAACUCAAUCUUAACCAAGACAAAUCAUAAAACUGUAUGUUCGCACGAGUUUUGGCACAUAACAAAAGGCAAAUAAUUUCCAAGAGGUUUUCUAGUUUCCUUAGAGUUCUUGUGUCUUAAGAAUCAAACUGAAAUUUAGAAAUUCCAAACUAACUUUUAGUUGCAUGCUUCAUUCACAGUUAUGGAGUCAGGUAAAUUCAGGUUGUAGGGUUAAAAAUAGGUCAUUGCUUUUCCGGUCUUUCAGGGCCCAUUCUGGCCUGGUCUUGCCCACAGAGCUAGACAUUUUCCUAUAACUGGCUAAUGUAAUAAAGCCUAGAGCCACUGUAUGAAAUUACUUUUUAAAAUAUCUUAUGAUCUUGCUCAUGGGUAGAACAGGACAGUCAGGAUGCUUGAUUAAUGGAUCUUGGAAAUUUUGUGGGAAAAUGCUUUGUGCUCAGACCCAAGUUAUUAGUCUUAGUUUUCAAGUUUUUAUUUAAUUUUUUUUAUUAUUUUUAUUUUUUUUUUAAACUUUGUCUUUUUGUCUGUCUUAUCUGCUCUUACAAAAGUUGUUAAUGGACUGAACAAUUCCUGGGUAACACAACCUUUUAAGAACUUUGACAGCAUAAAAGAAAAAAAAAAUAGCUGCCUGGGGCUGGUGCUGCUUGCUUCGAAUAGUUUUCCUCAAUAGUCAUGUCAAUGCCUCCUCAGAUUAUUGGCUAUCUGGCAAGGGUUGCUUUUCAUGGCCAUAAUUAUUAAUGAGGAAGUUGAUCAUCUGUAAAGGUGGUGUUAUGGAGAUUAUUGGUACAUAUUUGCAUGUCGACACUUUCCACCUUAUUUACCUAGUGACAUUUUUCUCAAAACCUCACUAGUCAUCUAAAUAGGGAGGCCCCUGUCUUCCAGUGGGUGCGCAUGGCAAAACUAUAAAAGUCAGUAACUGACAAGCGAACUUAUUACUGUUUAUUUUUCCUCGGUUAUCAGCAGGCAGUUAAUAUUCAUCCAUUCAUUUUACACAUUUUAUUAAUUUACUUGGCUAUGUCCACUUUAAAUCAAGACAUCUAUUCGGAAAUAGGUCUUUGUACUUGCUACUGUGGAAGCUUUGGAAGGGACCUGUGAGAGCAAGCAAAGGAUUAAUGACUAGCAAAGUGCAAAAGGUAACAUGAAAACAAAUUGCUGUGUGGUGUUUCGAUUACAAACUAUAUUCCAUCCCUACAUCAGUGAUUGAGAAAUCUGUUUUAAUCUAACGUGAUUAUUCUAAAGUCAAAGCGAACAAAGGUUGGGAAAUACCAUUCCCAGCUUUUGCAUUAAAGUGCAGCUUUGCCUGUGACGUUUUUGUGACACUUUGUGAUUUAGAACAGGGCAAAGAAAAUGAUGCCCUGAAUGUGACUGUCUGUUGGCCAAUCAGACAAUUGUUUUGUGGGGGGUGGGGUUCAGAAAUGUUUUCACAAGACUUGAUUUUGUGGUAGAACUCUGAGGGUACAAACAAACUCUGUGCAUUGUAGGAUUCACUCUUGUCUGAGGAAAAAGAAAAAAGGCACCUAUUGCACAGUGUAGUUUUGAGUGCUAUGGCUAAUUUCUGUGAUGACAAGUUUUCUGUUCGUCUCAGGUAAGCGUUUAACAUCCCUUUGAUUGGGACAAUGGUGGAGGUUGUCUAUGAGGGUGUGUGAAAAGAAUUAUUUUUCUUGCAGAUGCUCGUUUAUUUUGAUGCUCCUAUUUAGUCACCGUUGCCUUGGAGACCACCCCCUUUUGUUGGAAACAGUUAUUUAUUGUGCUGGUUAUUUUGACAUCGGAUAAACACUCCACUUUGGUAGAUUUGUUUGUGAACCUAAUCAUACAUUUGUUUUUAAAGAAUUAGGUUAAUAAAUGGGAAUGAGCGGCACACUUUACUGUCACUAGUAGAUGUAAGUAACACCUACAAUGGAAUGUUUGAGAGUGGAUGCUGUGAUUGGAUGACCUAUUGGGCCGCUUAAUUUUUGAACUGAAUGUAGUCCAUUUUCAGGGCAGUGUGAAUCUUGCCUGUGGUCCUUCCUCAGCCGUCAAGGCAUGGUCGUACUAACUUUAGUUGAAGCCUUGUGCAAGUGUAUCAAGCCUGGCAUUGUACACUGAAUUAUGUGUAACUGUUUUGUACACAGGCAAACCCUAGAAACAUACUUGUUGUACUAGCAGGGGUUUCCUGGCCCAGUACGGUUUAAUUCUGUUACUCGGGUCAGUAUUGUACUGCACUGGGGUUCACAUGAAGGCUUUUUCUGAGUGCAUGGCUGUUUGGUUGAAGGUUAUUUAAGUUUAUCUGCCUGUAGAUGGACAGAGAGUUUCUUUCCCAAGAUGGCUUUAGCUGUUUAAUUGGUGUAACUACCAUGGCUCUGCAUUGCAUACUAUGAAGGUUCAUAUCAAGGUGUGUGUUAUGUUUACGUGGUUAAGUUGUCGACGGUCAGCUCAUUGGCGAAUGGAUGACUGAAUUGGUGAGCAUCUGGCCGUCAAUAAUUUGCUGGAUGAUAAUGGAACCAUGAUGGUUUAGCCAUGAUAAUGUCUUUUUAUUGGUCCAUAUCUCAGGAUUGUUGCACUUUGGGUACCAAGCGUUUCUUUUUUUUCAAGGCUACUACAUAUACACUCACAGCUUGCGUAUACUGAAGAGAGCCUAGCACGAGCAGCAAAACACCUCCAGACCAAAAUAUUUUACAGUAUUUUUUUUUUUUUUUUUUUCCAUUGUAUGUUUUAGGCAGGUGUUUGGAUAGCGACGAGGGUGGAAAUUGAAAGCAAUUUAUACAUAUAUAAACUAGAUCUUUGGGGGACUUAUGGAUUCCAACUUUUGCACUUUGACCUGCCCUGAGAUUUUUUUCUCUGUAUACUGUUGUCACCGCUUUCCUUGCCGUGUUGUUGCUAAGACUAGAGCAAUUGCAAACGACUCUCGUCACUCUAGUAGUGUUUUUGAUUGAGAAACUUGAUUACAUGACAUUCUAUGAGUUAUUUGGUACUAGCAAGAUUUACAUUUUGAGAGCGAAUAUUGAUUGAAUUUACAUGGCGGAUAAGAACUCCGGUAAAACAAGACGGGAUAUUUUUGUCACCAACCACGUGUUUGCCAUAUAGACUCAUUCCAAAGACAGACAACAAUAAUGCACAUCCCAUGAGGAAAAAGUAGCUCCUAAUAGCUGUCUCUCAUCAAUAGUGGCUAAAUGCUCAGACAUCUUCUCAACGUCUGAGUUUCCACUUGCAACUAUCCUUUUCUCGCUGGUUUGAGUUGCUCAAUAAAAUUUGAGUUAAGUGUGUGUGGGUGGGUGUGGGUAUCCAGGUGUCCAAUCAAGUUUGUUGCUGUGCAGCCCUUCUACCUGUAUGUUAGGUUGUGUGCCCAUAGCGUAGUCAGCUUGCUCAUGCACUGUCAACCUAAAAUGUAAUGCAUGCAGCAGGAUGCAGGAAGAGAAAUCAGUGGUUCACAGGGUACAAUCAGAUGUUACGGCGGAAGGAUAAAAAGAAUAGCUCAGGGUUCUCGUUUGCUCAUGAGACUAGUAGAGUAGUCACAACUGUGAGUUCAGUGCUGCCAAAGACCACAAUGGAGCAAAACACAUGUAAAUGCCAUCUAAAUUUAUAUGAAGUGCCCGUAUAGUCACAUACACUGGCAGCAGGCUGGCAGUUUUGCUUUUAUAGUUCACAUUCUGGUCUUUUUUUCCCCAUUCUGCCUUGUCUUUGUUUCCUGCUCACAAGCUUCUCCCUGGGGGCCGUGCUGGUUAAUGCACUGUGUCUACAGAAUGUCAGGAGCUUUUAUUGUUGGAGGGAAAACUAACAACAGUCGGAGUACAUGUGGGGUGGGGGGUGGGAUCCACAACCAUUGUUUUUAUGCUGGCUGCUGGUUUAAUUUGUUUAAACAUGAUGAAUACUGGUUUGAUUUCAUAAGUAUGGAGUGUGUUUUGAAGGGUUGGGGGCUGGCUAUUGGAAUCCAGCAUGCGUUACUUCAUAACAGUAGCAUCAUUGCUCAGCUUGGGCAGACAUGCAUGUCUUUGUGGAGCAAAAUAUGAAUGCUCCACCAUAUUUUUAUUCAACUCUGUAACUGCGAAGAGUGAGUGAAUGUAGAGGCAAAGAGACCAACAUGGGGGACUAAACACUUUGUCCAGGCACUACAUUUGGGACAGUGUAGCAUUCUAGUAAGGAAAACCCUGCUACUGUGGUGAAGCUAGCCAGUACGAGAUUAAAUUGAGCUAUUCUUAUCAUACCAAUGACAUUCCUUCACCAGGCUGGAACUGGAUGUUUUCCAGCUUCAACGCCCGUGUGCCUGAUUAGAAUCAAGCCUGUGGUCAACUUUGUCAAAAGUGUUUCAAUCUGAGCUGAAAAGCGAUUUGCUGCUAGAAAUGGUAGGAGCAUACCAUUCGACAUGGGUGACUCUUAACUGCACAAAGUGGGUGAAAAGUCAUUUGACAAAAAGGCAAACCACAAGGGUGAGAGCUUGCAUAGAAAUGACUAUGAUAGAGAUAUAAACAUAAACUAUAUAUCUAUAUUUUUUACAUCAAUACACAUGUCCACCUAAAUUGGUGUGUUUGCAAAGAUGAUGAGGUAGCUUGUUCUGACUAGUCACGCCAGAGAACCAGCUGGACUGAGUUGAGUAAAUGUGUGAUGCCAUAUCGAGUGGUUCUUUAAAACCUCCACACUCAAAAGGCCAGCUGAUGUACAUAUGUGUGUUUAUGCAAAACGUUCUGCCUAUUUGAGGGUACUUUGUGUCAGGAACACAAACCCUCACGUUUGAGAAAGCACCCUCCUCAGAAUGCUCAAAGUGAUCAUUUUAGCUUCUAUGCAUCUGACUGUCUUCAUAUUUCCAGUUAUAGUUUGUGCACACACAAAUAGUCACCACGCAUUGUUCUUUUUGGGGGGGAAUGUGGGGGUCUGUUCUUUUUAUAAAAUAAUAAUAAUAUAAAGUUUGGCCUGAUAGUUGAUGAUAGCACAGAAUCUGCCAGCAUUCUUUCUUAGAAAGUUGGAACUCAACAGCUACCAGAAACGAGAAACUUGCUAUCAGAACGGUUACAAAAAUUAACAUCUGGGUUCAUCUUACCGGCCCGCACAUACUGCGGGUUUGAUUAAACGUGUCUGUUCCAACACUUAACGGCUAAACCCGCUGUCAUGGGAGGGCUGGGUUAAGUGCGUGUGUGUGUGUGUGUGUGUGUCUGCGUUACUGUAGUAGCAAAGCAACAGACGGAAUCAUCCAAACAGCUGCCGAAACUGCAGAUCGACCAAACAAUUUUACUUCCACUCUGAUCAGCAGUCCAAUGUAAUGCCAGUUCCUAGUGUCACCUCUCAGGAUGUUUGCAAUGCGUUGGAAACUGGACUUAAUAAAGUUCCGCAUACUUUUGAAUGAGUUGGCAGUAUUUCCUCAUCACAAUGUGAGCCUUCAGAUACUUCCUUUGUUCGUUUUUUUCCUCCAACUUUACACUACUACCAAUACACGCAGGACUCGGAAUUAGGUCACAUAAGGCUGGACUCCGGAGGGCUGUAUUCUCACGAUUACGAUAUUGUUGUCUUUUGUUCCUCAAUGGAUGUUCAUUGCACAGGUUAUGGUCAGUUUAAUUGUCGUCCCAGCCACACCAAGAGCCUUAGAAGAUGUCACAGGUUCUCAAGUUCAGCCAUGUUUAACUUUCCAACAAGUUUUCCAGCUUCUGCUUGCAGUUUGUCUGUCUCUCUGAUGUUGCACUUUCCACACUGUUGAGAAAACAGUUGCCCAUAGCAAAACUGACCAAACUGGUGUUCACCAUCAGAAUGACAAGUGUAACUCUUGGCUUUACCAUGAGUUGAUCCAUGCCAGUGUCAGCAAAGGCAGUCUCGGUUAAUGUGGUUUAGCUGUUUCUGGCUUUUCUUGGCAAGCCUGACGAGCCAGACCUCCUAUUUAAAUAGGCGCCUAGGCCUCACAACUAUGCAAGAAGAAUGCAUCAAAUACACACUCGUUUUUUUUUUUCCCCCCAGUUCCUCAUGGUCACGCAGUAGAAACGAGGACCAAAUAUGAUAAGAACGUACAAUGACACUUGGCCUUAUGUUGAUUUGUGAAAUCGUAUUGUUUCCUUUAGAAGAUCUUAAGAUUCUGGUCAACCAGCCCAGCGGAAGCAUCGGUGAUGGCAGGCUCACUCUUGGUCUCUGUGAGACUGGCGAGAUGGCCCCAGUUUUAUCGUGGUACGAAUGUUGUGCAUUUGUUUAGAAUCAGGACAGUUAGCAAUAACAACAGUCUUACUAGUAGUGCUGACAGCGUCUGGCUGCGUCUGUAGAAAACCACAGAGGAAGAGCUAUAAACUAUAUGAAUACAGUACUGUGAAAAAAAAGUAUUUGCCCACUUUUCAAAUCCUUUUUUUUUCCUUUUGCAGUUUCCCCACUUUCUUUAAAAGAAUCAAACAAAUGUAAAUAUCAUUCUAAAGCUUCAGGAUUCCAGCAAACCACGGUUAGAGCCUUUAUCAUCUAAUGGCGAUAACAUGGAACAGCAGUCAACCUUCCCAGGAGUGGCCACUUACAAAAAUUACCCUAAGAGCACUGCGACGACUUAUCCAGGAGGUCACAAAGAAACCCAAGUCAAUAUCUCAAGAUGUUGCUGAAUUAAAACAAUUCUGCAAGGAAGAGUGGGCCAAAAUAUCGCCACAAAGAUGUGAAAGACUCAUUGCCAGUUAAAGAAAAUGCCUGAUUUCAGUUGUUGCUGCUGAGGACGGCCGAACCAGUCAUGAGGUUUAGUGGACAAUUACUUUUUCCACACAGAACUAGGUACCUUUUGAAUAUUUUUUAUUGAAUAAAUAAAAUAACCAUCUAAAAACUUUUUUUUUUUUUUUUUUUUUUUUUUUUUUGGUUAUCUUUGUCUGAUAUUUGAAUAUGUUUGAUCUUUAAAGUGGGAAAACAAAUUUGAGAAGGGGGAAAAUACCUUUUCACGGCACUGUAUAUGUAUAUAUAAAUGUUCACAAUGCAUCUUUAUAGAGGUUUCACCAAUUCCUUACUGUGGUAUACUAUUAGAUAAAUAUAUGUCCGGGUUAAAUUUAUGAAUACGAAGUAGGUUAUGGAAUCACCCAGAGUUUGUACAUCAAAAAUUAUGUUCUGGUGUGUGUUUUUCAAAAAUGGUUUCAAAACUACUGUUGAAUAUUCUGACAGUCGUGUUCCUGUGUGAUUGUGUUUGGUGCAGUGUGCACAUAACAGUGACUUUCACCUUUUAUUAGCAUGGGAUCAAAGUUGGCCCAAACCACAUCAGGACACUUUGCCAAAUAGUUUCAAAAGUUGACUCUGCUAGGAUAUAUUUUUGUUUUAAGCAGAGUACAAGAAGUUGGAGCUAGCUGCUGAAAAAGAGUUUGCCAACAGCUAAAUUAAUGACUCACCCGAAGAAAAUUGCAGAUUUUGGAGAAAAUCUAACAGCUUUUCAGAUGAAGGCUUUUGCUCAAUAUUUCUCUACUAAACUUAACUACUGUUCGGUGAACGUGAAAUUAGUCAAAUAAUUUCAAACCUUUGAUUAGAAUAGUUUUGCCUCAUUAUGCAAGUACAGUAUUCCUAAUGUGGCAUGUCCAUGGCUGAGCUCCCCAACUAUUUGGUCUUGUUUGCUCAGUGAGAACAGUCCUGACCCACAGUGACACCCCCCCCCCCCCCCCCCCCCACACACACACACACACACCCAAACACAACAUCUCAACAAUCAGUAAGAAUUAGGGGUGAAACUGGUUAAAUGCUUUGAAUCUUGUGUUGAAUGGAUGCUGCUUCUUUUAGUCAGUGAAUAAA